AUGUUGAAUCAGGUAAACCUGUAUCUCGCUCCGCUGUGCGGCUUCUGGGUCCUCACCGCAGGCCAGCUAGCAAGCUCAAAAUCAAGCCAGGUUCACUGGCUGGGGGAACUGCCAGAAUACAAUCCAGGAACAACUUUUGGGCUUCCUUGGGCUAGAGGUCAGUUUGACAGCAAUUCAACCACAUUCAUCGCUUUCGAUGGACUCGAUGAAAUAUCGUUGCAAUCUUGGGUUACUGGAUUCUGGCCUGAUGGUUCAAUUAAAUGGACUGGGCACGCAGUUGGCGCCUCGGACAAGGUCUUUGAACAAUUGACUAUUACUGCAUCUGGGUUCGAACCCAACCAAAGUUCCAACUAUACCGGACUUCCGAAAAGACAGUCAAGCAGCGCCUUGCGAGUUGAUGACUCUGCUGACAAUAUCACCGUUGAAACCGGGAAGAUAUCAGUCUCUUUCCCAAAGACGGGCAACUCUCUUGUCAGCUCUAUUCUAACAUCAUCUGGAAAGCUGAUCGGCACAAACGGCAGACUGGUACUUCAGUCACAAUCUGGCGUCGUAGAUGACGGUACAAGUCCAAGUAGCAUUGACUAUCUCGAUUUCGAAAGCCAAAUUGAAAGUGUUACAUUGUCUCUCGGCAGCUUUGUGCGAGCUUUGGUCACUGUAAACGGAACCCACACUGUGACAGGCGACACGGAGAUGGAUCACAGGGCGUGGCUGCCUUUCACCGUCCGUUUCUAUCUAUAUGCAGACUCUCCGAUGAUCAGAAUCAUCCAUAGUAUUGUUUACGAUGGAGAUUCGUCCACAGACAUCAUAAGCUCCUUGGGGAUCAGAUUUGACGUCCCGCUGAAAGGAGAGCAAUUGUUUGAUCGCCACAUCAGGAUAGGUGGACUAAAUGAUGGGUUCCUGCACGAAUCUGCUCAGGGCAUCACCAGUGCAUCAAAGGAUCCAGGAUUAGCGGUCCGCACUGCACAGUAUGAGGGGAAAGCUGCACCGCCACUGUCGCAGUGGAAUAAUGCCACGAGUAGCCGCUUACAAUGGAUUCCAACGUGGAACGACUUUCGUCUAUUGCAGCUAUCACCAGACGGUUUCACCGUAAAAAAGCGGACCAAGUCUGGACAGUCUUGGGUUAAAAUACCAGGCGGAUCUCGUUCAAACGGCUUUGCAUUCCUCGGCGGGCCAACAGUAGGAGGUCUGGGACUCAGUCAUCGUGAUUUUUGGAAACGUUAUCCCACAGGUUUGGACGUCAAUAAUGCUACUGCAGACAUGGGAUCCAUAACCUUGUGGCUGUACAGCCCUGAAGCUCCUCCAAACGACAUGAGGCCCUACCACGACACAAUGGGAGCCGACACGUACGCAAAGCAACUCGACAUGUUGGAAGCUACAUACGAAGACUACGAGCCUGGCUACAACACUCCUUAUGGUAUCGCACGCACUAACGAGGUGUUCCUUGUUGGAUUCGACGAGACACCACCAUCUGAUUUCCUUGCCACGUUAGCAAGGUACAGUAACGAGCCGCCAGUACUUGUCGCCGAUCCAAAUGUCUAUAUAGAAAGCCGGGCUAUAGGCUCAUACUGGGAUCAGCCGGAUACGUCAACAGCAGACUCUCAAGCCAUCGAGUCGAAGCUAGAGUUUCUGGUACAAUUCUACCGCGAGCAAGUCGAACAACGUCGCUGGUACGGCUUCUGGGAUCACGGGGAUAUCAUGCAUCGAUAUGACGAUAGCAGACAUACUUGGCGAUAUGACAGCGGUGGCUACGCCUGGGAUAACUCUGAACUCUCCCCAGAUCUUUUCUUUUGGAAUCAGUUCCUACGGACUGGAAACGCAGAUGUUUAUCGACUCGCCGAGGCCCAGGUUCGUCAUGGCGGAGAGGUUGAUGUAUACCAUCUGGGCAACUUUUCGGGUCUCGGAACACGCCAUGGAGUCCAACACUGGGGAGAUAGCGCCAAGCAGGCCCGAAUAUCAACACCCAUCUAUCGCCGAGUUUUCUACUAUGUAUCAGGCGGCGAUGAGCGUACCGGAGAUCUAAUACACGAAACUCUGCAAGCCGAAUGGGGCUUUGUCAACGUCGAUGCCCGGCGGAAAGUUCGAGACCCCAGCGUCAUCUACGUACCAUCCCCUGAAGCACUGUAUAUAGCCUUUGGUACAGACUGGGCGGGACUUGCUUGCGCACAGCUGAUGGAAUGGGAAAGACGUGGCCCGAGGUGGAUCGAAGCACGGGACAAGUUGACCCGUGCAACCUCGACCAUCCCGAAGCUCAAAUUUGGGUUCGUUACAGGCGAAGCGACAUAUAAUCUCUACACUGGCGAGUUUUCGGCGCCACCAACGGAUCCGGACAAUCUUGGCACUGUGGAUAUAUCUCACUUGAACGGCGUCUUUGGCAUGCAAGAAGUAAUAGAUCAGAUUAUUGAGCAUUUUGGCUCGGAUCUGGCGCCUGGUUUCGAGGAUGCAUGGCUCGACUAUGGCUAUUACUACGGCGCCCCCAAAGCUGAACAGCAGGCUCGCUUUGGCAAGAGCUUUUCCGGCGUCAGCCUCAGGCAAGGCCACUCAAAGCACACGGCCUACGCUGCCAACAGACGAAACAACUCCACUCUUGCAGCAAGAGCUUGGAAGGAAUUUCUUGAUACAGACGGAUUAAAGUCAAAUGGCACCUGGGCGACUACUCAGGUCAAUGGUAGCCUGACACUGAUUCCAGUAACGGAAGCUACUUUUGUUACAACAAAUGAUGCUGCGCUUUUUGGACUUGCCGCAAUUGAGCUUUUUGCCUUGGUUGGAAGUCCAAACUCAACUACAGUCUAG